AUGAAUGCCAGUUUUCAGAAAGGCUUGCAAACAACGGGACAACCAUUCUGCCUACAUCUCACCAUGUUGAUUUUUAAUAACAGUUCUCCUAAUUGGCCUACUUUUUCUUUCAUUGGUAUCCCUGGUCUGGAAGCUGCUCAUAUAUGGCUCUCCAUCCCCUUUUGUCUCCUGUACCUGGUGGGCCUUGUGGGUAAUGUUCUUCUCCUUAUCCUAGUUAGAGCAGAGCAGAAUCUUCAUGAGCCCCAGUUCUACUUUUUGGCCAUGCUAGCCCUUACCGACCUAGGCCUCUCGUUGUCUACGAUGCCUAGUGUCUUGGCUAUCUUUUGGUUUGAUGUUCACCACAUCGGCCUGGAUGCCUGCCUGACCCAGAUGUUCUUCAUCCACACCCUGUCCUCAGUAGAAUCAGGUAUCCUGGUGGCCAUGGCUUUAGACCGUUUGGUAGCUAUCUGUGCUCCACUAAACUAUACGAGGAUUCUGACCCACUAUACUGUAGUCUGCCUUAGUGGAGCUGCCUUGCUUCGAGGUGCUGCUCUAUUGGCCCCACUGCCUCUGUUCCUCAGGGCCUUUCCUUUCUGUGGGGCCAAUAUCCUCUCACACUCUUACUGCUACUACCCAGAUAUGCUGAACCUGGCUUGUGGGGAUGUCACUUUCAGCAGUGUCUAUGGAUUGAUCUGUGUACUCUGCACAUUUGUAGUGGAUGUUGUCUUCAUUAUAGCUUCAUACAUGAAGAUUUUGGGCACCAUUAUGAAACUGGGAAUCCAAGACAGAAACUGGAGAUCUCUGCAAACCUGUGCCUGCCACAUCUGCACAGUGCUUGUGUUUUACCUGCCCCUCAUCAGCCUGGCAGUACUGCAUCGUUACUCCCAGGAAACUCCUCCAAUUCUAUACACUACCAUGAGUAAUGCCUACCUCCUCAUGACACCACUACUAAACCCUCUUGUCUACAGUCUUAAAUCUCGACAGAUUCAGGCUGCCCUGCGCAAGCGAUUUUGGGUGCAACGUGUCAUUGCUGGGGAAUGA